AUGCAUCGAGCUGGUGUUGAAGAUGCCAACUCUGAAAUAUCAACGGCUAUGCUUCUGGCCGAGGUUGAGCGUUCCGUGCAGGCGAUCUGCACGCGGCUCAUGGAACCACAUGUGGAGGCAGCAGCGGGAACACUCGUGCAGAUCGAUGGCUUGUGGGAUCUUGCCAAAGCCAACUCUAGGAAGCUCAUUGACAUGGACCAUGUCUUCCGCAAUAUGCAGGAGGGGCUUCUGAAAAUGGAUGGCUUGCGCACGGAUCUCGAGCGCUUCGAUUCCACCCUCAACAAGCAGGCUACGGAGAUGGAGAGCAUGAUCGAGCGAUACGAGGUCGAGCUGCAGCAGCUGAAGAUGAUCACGAAGCAGAAGGAAGAGGGUCAUCUGCAGCAGCGGCGUGCCCUCGACGCCGUGCGGCACGAGCUCCAGCACCUCCAGAAGUUGCAGUCCAGCUGCGAACAGUCCUUCUUCUCAAGUCUGGAGCAGAAGUUCGGAGAGUUGGCACCCCUCAAAGCAGAAGUGGAGGCAAAGAUGACGUCCAUGGAGCUGAAGCAUCACACCCUCACCGAUCAGGCACAUCGUGAGUGUGCCAUCGCCAAAGUGUCAGGGGAGCUCUGCAACUUCCAAGAUCGCUUCGACCAGCUGAAGGAAGUGGUCCUCGGCCUCGAAAGCGAGCGCGACACUCGCAAGAAGCUGGAGAACAUGCAGCAGGAGCUCGCAGAUUGGUUGGGACAAUCUCGCUUCGAGGUGCCGCUACGCCGCCUCGGUGAGGAAGGCGCCAGCUGUGCCAAUGUGGGGUGGGGCCGUGGGGCGUGCGGUCUCGCCGACUCGCUGUCCUACCGUGCUGAAAACCAGAAGCUCCUCGAGCAGACAGCUGACAUCCAGCGAGAAACGGCCGUGACUUGCAGUGGCUUCAGGGCGGAGCUAGACGAGCACCAGCGGCAGCGGCAGCUGGCGGAUGCGCGGACGGAGGCCAUCCUGAGCGAGUUGCGAGAGGCGUUGGAUGAGUACGACCGCCGGAGGAAGCGCGAGAGAACCACCCUUGAGCUGGAGAUGAAGGAGGUCGGACAGCAGCUGGCCAUCCUGCACGGAUCUGUCGAGAACGCGGUGCGAGCUUGCAAGAGCCUGGACCCCCUCUGUGGUGCGCUGGUGGAGGUGUUGGCCAUGCAGGUGUCCUUGGAGCGACAGGAGUUCGCAGACUGGCAUCGCGUAUCCUUGGUUGGGUACAAACCAGUCUCUACCACCCAGAAGCCAACUGAGGUGGAUGACACAUCGAAGUCUCCGUCGAAGUCGCCGCCCAAAGCCCCCAAACAGUCGCCUCGAAAGAAGGGGGACCCCUCCCAGAUCAUCAGCCUGGACAAGCGCUGCUACUCGUGUUGCAGCCAAAGCCAGAUGGUCAUGGCCGGCUUCAAGAUGGCAUGUCUGCAGUACAAGCCCUCGCCCGUUGCCUGCAGUGGAGGCCUCCUGGAGCGAGUGGAGCUCUUCGAUCGCAUGGAGCAGUUGCUGGAAGCGGCUCGCGAGCGUGUCCGCUACAAUCGCGACGAGGAGGUGCUGCUGUCCCCGUUGCCGGGCCUGAAGCCCAGUUCAGGGUCGGUGAUGCUGUGGAAGCAUACAGCUGCUGCAUACUGCACAUGUGGUAUGGGGUGGUUGCGAGAGCGAUGCGUGCGAAGUGCACAACGUGCCGGGUGUGGGGCAAGGAGGCCGAGAGGCUACUGCCAUUGCUGUAUUUGCCUUGUGCUUCACUCUUCGCACCCCCAAGUGGGGGCACACUCGCACGGGUGGCAGUGGUCGCUUUGGCGAAAGAAGCGCUCACAUCCCCAGAUAAGAGUAGAAAAGAAGAAGGGCUAA